UCCAGUGAUUGGAUACUGUCUGCAUUGUGAAUAUUUUGUGUAUGUCCAAAGUCAAGUAAAGUUACACUGUUAUCCUUUUCGAAGUAACAUUAAGUAGUCGAUUUUCCAAUUAAAAGCAGCUACAAACCUCACUGCGAGGGGAAGUGACGUUGAGUUACCAGCGAUACAUACCAUUCAAAAUACAGCUCUGAGUUUGCGCAACAGAAUGUAGCCUACAUCGAUGCGAUAAGAUUCAAGCUUAGGUAGCCAAAAGGAUAGUCUGCAUUGACAGCUCCUCUUUGAUAGAGUAGUUGUUUGCAAGAUUUGUAUUGCAUGCGAGCGGACAGAGUAUGUGGUCUUCGGUCACAAACAGAUAUUUAGCAGCCUAGCAAGAAUUCACCGAGGUUGCUGGUGAAAAACAGACUGAGAAGCUUGAUUUGCCAUCACUGGAAUUCCUAGAAGAUUCGAAAGGGACUGAACAAAGAACCUGUCUGGAACCCUACGCUGUUGGAAGGCACUUGACAUCUAAUUGCGAACUGAUCACAACAAGUCUUCAACUACGAGAUAUCAGUGUGCUGACCCAGUGCUAGCCGGCGAGGGCGACGCGGUCGGAGAGGAGGGGGGGGGGUGGUCACCAGCACGGCGCCAUGGUGGAGUACUACCAGGUCCUGGGCGUCCCCAAGAACUCAUCUCAGGACGAGAUCAAGAAAGCGUACAGAAAGCAAGCGCUGAAAUGGCACCCGGACAAGAACCCCGAAAACAAGGACGAGGCAGAGGGGAGGUUUAAAGAGCUUUCAGAGGCCUAUGAAGUCCUGUCAGACGAGAACAAGAGGAACCUGUACGAUAGGUAUGGCAAAGACGGCCUCACUCGAGGAGGAGGAGGAGGAGGAGGGGGAGGAGGAGGAGGAGGAGGAAACUAUAAUGACCACUUCGGCGGAUUCACAUUCCGGAACCCAGAUGACGUCUUCAGGGAAUUCUUCGGUGGACGGGAUCCUUUUGCAGACUUUUUCGCUGAUGACCCGUUCGAUGACUUCUUCGGCGGUGGGCAUCGCCACAGGGGGGUGAGCAGAAGCCGGACAGCGGGACCCUUUUACGGUGGAUUCGGGGGUUUCCCCGGUUUUGGGGCGGGCUUCUCAGGAUUCGAUUCUGGAUUCACCUCCUUCGGUCAAAUGGGCGGUGGGGGCUUCGCCUCUUUCUCCUCCUCUUCGUUUGGGGGUGGUGGUGGUGGUGGUGGUGGGGGGGCCUUCCGCUCCGUUUCCUCCUCCACUAAGUUCAUCAACGGCAAGAAGAUCACCACCAAACGGAUCAUGGAGAACGGGCAGGAGCGCGUGGAGGUGGAGGAGGACGGCCAGCUGAAGUCGCUCACUGUCAACGAUGUAGCUGACGAAAACGCCCUGGAAGAAGAGCCUCAUCGCUGGCGGCAGAACUCGCUCCCCGCCCCGGCCUCCCACGGUCGCUAUCUGAGGAACAGCGCCCAGAACCCCCCUGAAGAGGAGGAGGAGAGAGGCCUACAGAGCCUGGGACUCGCUAGAGGAUUCUUUGAUUCCAGGAGGAAGAAACUGUGGUUGAAAGAUACAGAGACUAAAAAGAAACGCACAUCCCGAUUGGCUCCCCGGAUUGGGGCCUGGUUUUAAAGGAAGCCAUGGUCACUGUUCCAUCCUUUGCAAAGAAGAGGAGAUAAACACACACACACACACACACACACACACACACACACACACACACACACACACACACACACACACAAUAUGCCAGUGCCUCAGUGCUAUCUCACCCCCUUAUUUAUUUACUAGUAUUAUUUGUACAUCCCGCUAAGAUGCAGGAAUAGUCUCUCUUUUCUCCUUGUCCAUUAGAGACCCUGUUCAGCAGUUUAAGCCUGAAUAUGUAGUUACUUCUCAAGGUCUCUUCUUAUUCUCAUGAGCUCAUGUUUUGUUUUCCUGAUUCUGUGAUGGUUUUCCUCUUGAAUGUAGCUUCGCCUCUAAUUACCCAAAAGGAGACGCCAGUGGAGAGGGCUCGCGUCUCUCCUCCGCCCAACCUUUUAACCAGUUGUGUUAAUGUGUGUUUGGAUGAUUGUUUUUGUGUGUGUGGUGUUAACAUUUCAUGUGGACAGACACAGAACAGCAAGGGCUCAUACAAGGCCACUGCUGCUAUCCAGUUAAGCCAUGUAGAAAACAAUUACUUUUAGACAAACGUAUGAGAACAUGAAGGUGCUUCAAAGAACACUAAUCUUCACAGUUUCAUUUAGUAUUCAGUGUCAGAAACAAGUCAUUCAAAUUCACUUACUCAAAUUCAUAACAGUAAGACUUUAAGGCUUAUUGGAUAAUGUAAAUGAUGUGGUAUUUCCUCUGUUAGCUGUAUUAGUCUUUCAGUGGUCAAGGAGUAGGCAAGCGGUUUGGAACAUGGUGACGAUAUUUGGGGGUGCUGGGUGGGUCGCGGGGUAAGUGAGAAAUGAAAAAGACAGGGACUGCCGACAGAUCCGAUGAGCCCAGCCCUCAGAGAGGACCUGACCAAUGAGGUCAAAGAUGAGGGAGAGUCACGGCCCCUGACUAAAGCAAAGGGAGAGAGAAGUCAGGAGCAGGAGAGGGAGAGAGAGAGAGAGAGAGAGAAAAGGUAGAAUGAUGUACAUUAUUUAUGCGGGGAAGUGAGAGAACAAGUUGUCACUGCGCUGUCCUCCACCCCCACGUUAAACGCUGUAUCAAUAUUUCAGGCCAAAGGAGAAGAAGCAGAAAUCAAUGGCGGACAAUAAAAGCCCUAGUGUUUUAGACAGCGAGAGGCUUCUGUGUGAUAAAAAUAGAGAGCAGCUUUGACACUGUUUUAGGUCAGUCAUAGCGGUGUGUGACGGUGAGGAAGCCAACUUUGAAAUCAGACAGAAAUAAAAAGAGAAGAUCUUUGUGAAAUAAAUGGACAUCCAUCAGGGUUGUGGCCAUUUACUUGGAGGUAAUCUCUCUUUGAGUUGUGUGUUGUCAAAUUAAACUAACAUUGGAUAGAGGCCAGGAACCUUGGGCAAAGAAGAAGCAAACCUCUAGACAUUGAAUGCUAUUUAAUUGGCUAAACUGAUCUGGAUCCAUCUAGCUGUAUGGAAACUAAAAGUUUGUAAUGUUAUUUGUCCUGAGUUUACGUCAGCAUUCAUCAGGUGUGUGGUCUACUGUGGUUAGGAAUCUAUUUUUGUGCAACACUGAACUGAAACCACUCACCAGCAAAAGGACUGAUAAAGUGUAAAUGUAUUGGGGGCAUAUUUUUCCGCUGUAAUAUUUUAGUGGUCCUUCAUGAUUGAAAUAAUAAAUCAAAGAACUGCAUGAAUUUCCAUUUCAUCUCAACUGAUGAAGAUGCUUGGUCUUUUGUUUUAAGAGCUACACGGUAGGAUGAUAUUGUUACUCCAUGAAGAAAAGAACAUUUUCAUUUGUGUUUUGCAUUUUGAGCUGAUCAUCAUGUUUGUUGUGCUGUAUAGUGAAUGGCCUGUGCAUACAUUCUUUGGGAUGUGAGGAGGUGGACAUAUUUUUUUGGAAACAAUUAUUUUCUAUAACUGCAUAAUAAAGCUUUAAAGAAAAAGAAAA